AAAUAUUUUAUCUACAUCAGUUCAUCACCAUUUCUCUAAAAUCUUGUAAUUUCUCUCUUUUAAUACCCUCAUCUAGCACUAAGUUUGGAAGAGAAAUAUGGAAUUCGUGACCAACUCCACACCAAGAUAUGAAUGUCUUGUCUUUGAUUUGGAUGAUACUCUAUAUCCUCUAAGCUCCGGUUUGUCAGAAGCAUGCGCCAACAACAUCAUAGAAUUCAUGGUUCAAAAGCUUGGAGUAGAAGAAGACAGAGUUGUUGAACUAAACCAACUUCUCUAUAGAACAUAUGGAACUUCAAUGGCUGGCCUUAAGGCUAUAGGUUAUGAAUUCGACAAUGACGAGUACCACAGCUAUGUUCAUGGGAGAUUACCCUAUGAAAACCUUAAACCGGAUCCGGUUCUGAGAAAUCUACUUCUUAGCCUACCUUUUCGAAAAUUGGUGUUCUCAAAUGGAGAUGAUGUUCAUGUGAUGAGGGCUCUAAAAAGACUCGGUAUUGAAGACUGUUUUGAGAGAAUCAUAAGUUUCGAGACCUUAAAGCCUAAGACCAAUGAUGCUGAGAAUUCUUGUGUCACAGGUCAUCUUCCCGAGAAUCCGGUUAUCUGUAAACCAGCCAAGAUUGCUUUCGAGAAAGCCUUCGAGAUUGCACAGCUCAAUCCUCACAAGGCCUUGUUCUUCGACGACAGUAUCCGGAACAUCCAAACCGGAAAAGUCAUGGGUCUUCGUACAGUCUUGGUCGGUAAAUCAGAAAAAGUAGAUGGAAGUGAUUACGCGUUAGAAAGCAUUCACAACAUGAAAAAAGCAUUACCGGAGUUAUGGUCGGAAUCCAACAGCAACAACAACAAGAAAUCUGAAAGAAUGAGUUACCUCGCACAAAUCUCUAUUGCAACUUCUGUUGAAGCUUGAUCAUGUGUACAUGUUUACUUAAUUUUGUGAAGAUGUUUACAUAUACAUAUAUUUACCACAUAGAUACUAAGAGUAAGAUACAUCGUUCAUCGUUGCUGCAACGGUGGAUAAAAAGAGUAAUGAUCUACAUAUACUAUAUACAUCAUGUGGAACAUAUUGGACAUCUUUCGUUUCGAUAUUUAUAGCACGAGUGUGGUCCAUAGAACUUAGUAAUUGCUUUUACAAUUGAGGAGGACAAAACAAAACUUUUGAUAUAUAUAUAUCCUGUAUACUUAUGUGUGUUAUUAUUUAUUAUUUUCCUGGUUUUAGAAGUUCAACAUAUUGCACAUC